UCGGUAGUUCUCUGCAAGAAACGCGAUCCGUCAACGAGUUCUUAGGCCUGUUGAAGGAAAUCAUCAUACCAAACGACUUCCAGCUUCAAACGUUGCAGGAUCGUCAGGUUGUUGAUGUUGAGGGAACCAUUCGCCCUGGAGAAUAUCUUGUCGUUGGGGAGGCCCAGCAGUAUAACUGCCAUUAUAUGCUAACAUUCAGACAAGAAGCUGCUUUGCCUAGAGGCACGCCUUCUGGCAAACUUUCCACCACUGAUGGUGAAGGCGGGCAAUCUCAGCGUGAUAACUCCAAGGAAAGCGCUGCGUUAAAAUCUCGCCUAAUUGCUCGUGAUAAGGGUUGCGUUGAUGAGGAUGCGACGUACUUGUAUAAGGCCGAUUCCGAGUUGUUUAUUGGGGCCCACAUAUUUCCUUUGCAGUAUCAUGAUUUGUGGGAUAGAAAAGAGUAUUCACAGAUUGUUGUCGAUCCAUACUCAGUUGCUAUCCGGAGCUCUAGUCGCCAGAACUCUGAUACACGCCGUAUGAACUCAACUGACAAUGGACUAUUGCUUUGUGUUACGCACCAUAUCCAAUUUGAGGCACACUUAUUUUCCAUUCAUCCCAAUACCCACAUUGUCACCUCUUUCCAUCCUCGCACCAGGGAUAUCAACGGAUUGACCAUAAUGCAACCAUGGUCAAAAGUCAACACAUGUUAUCCACCCCCCCAUAGCACUCUACUCAAGGAUCACUUCAUCUCUUCAAUUGCAAGAUGGAUGUCAGGUGCUUCCGAGGGGGAUGAGGAGGAUGACUGGAUGGAAGUUGAAGAUGUAACAUAA